UCCAAGGACCACCAUCCACUGAGAUUCUUCUGGAAAAUAAAUCUGCGUCUAAUCACCACCAGCACCAAAACGAGAUGCUCGCAGCGUGAAGACAUGCUUUGCUGGUGAAAUCUUUGACAGUAUGGACUCAGCUUUGGAUCUGGCGUUCAGUUGAGCUAACCCUCGGUGGUGUGAAACGCUCAGACAUUUCACUUUGCUUUGCCAGAAACUCAUCUCUGAACUCAUGGAGGGUCCGGUUUUGACAGAAAGUGAAGUUUGGAAAGUUGGCUCGGAGACCAGCACAAGCAUAAACACUGAAGACCGAAGCAUUGACUUUCAGCUCAUUAAUAACACUGAUGAAAAAGCAACAGCACCAGAGAGCGCAGUUCAAGAGGAGAUCAUCAAACAGUCGGUGAAUCCACCUGAACUGCGAAUCGAGGAUUUCUCUUCCACUCAAACUGAAAUGGAGACUGAUGAUCCAGCAUGCAAAGAGAGAUGUAAGGAGAUGUGCAUUGAUCAGGAGAUCACCAUACUGGUGACCAAUCACGAUUGCAAUUUAGAGGAUGAAGAGGAUGAAGACACUAAUAAAGAGCAGACGACUUGUACUGAAGCUGAAAUCUCUAGUGUUGAUGUUCAAGAACUGAUUGAAGAGGAAAAUCUUGACGGAUCAAUUGUUGUGGCUAACAUGAUUGAAGUCAGUCAAGUCCAGAAAACCAACGUCAUAAACAACACCUCAUCUAAUACAGCAACUGAAGAACGACCAAAACCUCAAGAAGAUCUAGACAAAAUUUGCACAAAGUCUAACACACCACAAGAAUCGGAUGUUUGUAGCACACAAAGUCUGGAAGAUCAACCCACACAGUCUGAAGAUGUAGAAAAAGUCGAUGCAAAUAAAAGCGAAUCGGCUAAAGAGAAGCUGGAUUUGAGUCGAUCUCCUAUUCGUACUCAACACGUGCAAACACAAGUCAGUCUUGAGGUUAUGUACCAUUCGGUGGCCACCAGUCCCAUGACUCCACCAGAAGGCUCUGGAACUUUCAUUUUCCCGAGCACUUUUGGAAAGCUUGCUAAUAAAUGCAACCAGGACGACAUACAGACUAAAAAUGUGGAGAUGCAUUCGGUGGCCACAGCUCCAAUGACUCCAAUAGUUCUGAACGCUCCAGAGACGCAUUCUGUAGCCACAGCUCCGAUGACUCCUAUAGUACUGAAUGCUCCAGAACUGCAUUCGAUAGGCACAGCUCCAAUGACUCCUUUAGUUCUGAAUGCUCCAGAACUCCAUUCGAUAGGCACAGCUCCAAUGACUCCUUUAGUUCUGAAUGCUCCAGAGAUGCAUUCAAUAGGCACAGCUCCAAUGACUCCUAUAGUACUAAAUGCUCCAGAGAUGCAUUCGAUAGGCACAGCUCCAAUGACUCCUGUUAUUUUAACCGCUCCAGAGGUCAUCCCGGAGCCAGAACCAAGGAUUGGUAUUGUAAUUGAAGAUCCUCCGGAGCCCGUGCAGGAGGUGAGCUGGGAUGAAAAAGGCAUGACUUGGGAGGUUUACGGAGCGGUGGUGGAGGUGGCGGUGCUGGGAACGGCUAUUCAGAAGCACCUGGAGAAACAGGUGAAGAAGCAGAAGAUACAGCCCGGUCCGAUUGAUGUCCCGUCUGUGGAUCUGAGCGAAAUUUCCACGCCGAUGCCUUCCAGUCCUCCUCCAAUUUCAGAUUCUGCUGAAAACAUCCAGGAUAAAGGAGAAAGUGAGGAGAAGCCAGUGCAGAUCAAAAGACGUCGACAGAAUCAUGUCCGUCAGUGGUUUAGGAGCAUCCGGAGGCCGAGUUGUUGCUCAAGACCACGUCAAGAGGAGGAAUAAAACUAAAAACAUCAGUCGAAACUAUUGUAAUAGUCCAAACCAGACAAUCUCUACUAGUCUUGAGCAGCUUUGUCUAAUGAGACGCACCUUUAACAUUCUUAAAGGGACAGUUUACACAAUUUUUUAUUUCCUCAUCAUUUGCUUACGAUGGUGACAUCCAUAACAGGAAUAAAAACACUAUGGAAGUCAAUGGCUGUUUUUAUCCAGCAUUCUUCAGUAUAUCUUUCUUCAGCAGAACAAGAAGCUCAAACAGGUCUGGAACAGGUUGAGGAUGAA